GUUUUAUAUUCAUGAUGGCGACCAAUAUUGUUCUGUCUAUUAUUUUCUUGCGUAUUUGUGUCUUCUUGUGAUUGUUUAUAUUAAAGUGCAUGAAAAGGUUUUUGAAUGUAAUAUUUUUUUAUCACGUUAGUUUUUAAGAUGGCUCGAUAUUCAAAAGGGUAUGGGAAAAAAGGACCCAAUGCCAAGCAUAAUUCACAGUCCAAUAUUCAGUUUGAGACCCUUUUUUGUGAAAACAGUAAUAGACCAUCUGCAGCCAAGUCAGCAGGGACAAUUGGAAAAUGGGGAAUUACUUCAUUCACUUCCAUCCGAAGCACCAAUUUUUCUGUUGGAGGUCGCUAUGAAGAGAAGAGUCGGUUCAGUGGCAAGAGAGCUAGAGGGGAUGUGAAGGUGGGCAGAAGAGAUCCCUUUGUUUUUGUCCACUCUCCCCCACCAACCCCCACUUGUGAACCACCGAAGCCAAAAAAGUUUUUUAAAAGCAGAAAUGCUACUGACACUCCAGUUGCGCCUACUCCAGCACCUCCUCCUGCGAAGAAGUACACUAAGGCUUCACCUUCAAGGUUACCUGUUACUGCAGCAUCCAAAAAAGCGUUCCCACCUGCCCCUCCUCCUAUUGAGUUUGAAGAAGAGCAGACUGAAGCAAUGAACUUAUCAUCCACUCCAUCCAUUCCCAGGAUGACUUCUCCUCCAGCUGUCUCUCCUACGAUAUCUGCUUCCUCCAAGUCCCCAAAGUCACCUGGACACUCAUCCAACCCACCAAUUGUGUUGAGAAUUUUCAAAGGAACAGCUCAGUUGGUAACUCCUGGAGAAGAUUCAGCAUCCCCAACCUAUUCCCCGACAAUUGAAGAAUUUAAAGAAAAGGACAAGGAGAAAGAUAAAGAAAAGAAGAAAAGUUCCACCACUCCUGAGAGGAAAUCGCGACGUAGAGGACACAGCACUGAAACAGCUGGAAAUGUGUCACCAAAAAGGUUACGAGAAAGACACAAAGGUGUGUCAUACACCGAAACUGACCCUGAGACUGACUUUGACUAUGAACCUCUUUCACAACCCACGGCAACUACCUCUAGAUCUCGUUCUGAAAGAUCAUCCAGAUCUGAAGACAGAGCAACACGAUCCGCCAGUUCUGAGGAAAAAGCUCCAAAAACUGUCGCUUCAGAACCACCACCUUUGGCACAAGUUACUGAGUCGAUCCCUGGUCCUCCUGAAAAAGAGACUUCUGAACAGAUAGGCACAAGUACAAUAACUCCAGUUUUGGAAGUCCAAGACAGUGAAACUGUAGAGGAUAUAUCAAAACAAGUGGAGGAUUCAGCCAAACUCAAAGAAGCAGAAAAUCUUUUAGCUAGUACGUAUAUGGACUUUAAUGCAGCAGAAAAGCAAUUAUUAGAUGUAAGGAGUAAGAAGACAGCUGUAGACAUCGAAAGAGAGAAACUACUUGCAGUUUUAGGUGGAGACGAUAGCGACGAACAGACUCCAGGACAAGGUGAAGAGAAAGAGGAUCAUCAAACGAUAGAACAAAAUAAACAGAUCGAAAGUGUGGAAAACGACUGGUUCUCAGACAGUGAGGGUAGUGAACAAUUAAACAUGCCAAAUGAAAAUGAAGCAAUAACCGAGACUCAAAGCCGCAAGGAAGCGCCUAUGACAGCGAAAACACCAAAGAAGAGAAGUAUAUUCAAGUCUCGGCAACAGGGAAAUGACGCAAAUAACCCUGGUAGAAAAAAGCGUUUUGGGCUGUACAAGCACAAGUGGAGUGGUAGUGAUGGACCUCCAGGCUCAGCUACUCCUACCCAGACCAGGCCAGAGGAGAAGGUACAUGUGCAGACACUAGAGGAGGAGUUUGAGGAAUCCGAGGCUCUCACCAGGGUAACCUCCUAUCCAGAACCUGAUGCUGACAGCAUGGAUGCUGAGGCCAUCACUAGCAUCAAGUGCACAAAGAAAGUAAAAGAGUUCUAUACAGUUGUAAGAAAUGUAAAAAAAGCUUACCAAAUCCAGGAGUCUGGCGAAUUUCAAGAAUUUAAUGAUGAUGUAGAAUAUAUUUUAGAUGCCUUACAGGAUAAUAAUCCCAUAGCAACACGGUGCCUAUCAGCAAUUACUUUAGCUUCAAAAUGCAUGGCUCCAGCCUUCCGUAUGCAUGUUAGAGCUCACGGAACUGUUGCAAAAUUUUUCAGAGCACUUCACGACGCUACCAAAGAUCAGAGCCUAGGCAUGUGCACUGCCACAGUAAUGUUUGUACUGAGUCAAGACCAGCUGAACAUGGACCUAGACAGAGACUGUCUAGAGCUGAUGUUGAACUUGCUGGAGAGUGACAUCAGUCACACCUCAGCACUGGACGACUGCGGACUAUCAGAUGUACAGCUGCACAAGACUAGACAGAAAGUGAGGGAACUGUGUGCCGACAUUCAGGCAAAGGGACACGCCAAGCACUUGAACCUGGACAACAUCACAGUUGGUCAUCUAGCUAUGGAGGCACUGCUAAGUCUUACAUCCAGGAGAGCUGGUGAAUGGUUCAAGGAGGAGUUGAGACAACUAGGAGGUCUGGAGCACAUUGUCCAAACCGUCAACGACUGCAGUAAUGUCAUUGACUACCAAGUGCAGUGGUCACCUCCCAUGUUGGACAAGCUGCGCAAAGUUGACAGAUGUUUGAGGGUGCUGGAAAAUGUAACGCUACAAAAUGAGGAGAACAACAUGUAUUUGCUGACAUACAAGGACGGGAUCAUCGUGGAUACACUAGUAAGGUUGUUCAGGGUGUGUGAUGCCGAACUGACCAGAUACCCUGUCUACUCCAUCACUGACAAGGAGUCUGUAGGAUAUGUAAUCAAAGAGUGCCUCAUCGCUAUACUCAAAGUGCUCAUCAACCUCACUCACGACUUCCACAACAAAUCAUUCGGCUCCUCUCUGAUGGGGGGUAGACAAGGAGUUGUAGAAGCUACUUUGCAUGUGCUACUGCAGACACCUGAGUAUGUCCCAGACGAACAGAAGUUUGACAUGACUGUAUUGGCGUUAAUUCUACUUAUAAACUUUGUCGAGCACAGUGAAACAAACAGGAAGCUGUUAAUAGAAGCUAACGCUCCCACUGAUUCAGAAUCAAUAUUUGAGAUUACUCAGCCUACAUCAGGGGUGAACGCUCUGGUGAAGUUGUUCUACCAGCAAGAGGAGCUGGCUCGGACAGAGGAGAAAAAGACUGACGCCAUCUUAGACGGAGAGGAGAAACCUCAGGCAUCAUCACAGGAGGAGUUUGUAGAGGAGACUGUAGCUAUGUUGCUACAAAAGGCUGGAAGAAAUAUGGAGCAUACACUUGUUGCAGCCUACAUUGCAUUGCUUCUGGGCUACCUAGUAAUGGGAAACAAGGAGUAUGAGACAUUCGUUCGCCAAAACCUUCCAGAAGGGAAUUUUACUGUGAUGUUGACUGUGCUGCAAAAGUUUUUCAACUUUAUGACUCUAACGUCUGCUGCUGGAUCAGGGAGCAGUAGAGGAAUCAUUGCAACUGAGAAAGUUAUCAAAUAUCUGACAGAUAGCGACAAACAAAUCCAGCUGACGUGAGAAUCUCAGUAGGCUAGCUCUUGUGCUCAACUGCCAGAACCAGGUUCCAGAACUGCCAUUGUUGUUUGCUUCAGGAGAAGGAGCAAGUUGACGAGUCUGUAUACAAAUGUUAAUAGUCCAAAUGUGUACAUUCACAUGUAAUUGUAUUUAUUUUGAUUGUAUCAUUUAGCUUGUAUAUAGAUUAUUUAUAUUUAAAAUAUUAUUUUACAAUUUUUAUAAAGUUGUUAAGGAGUAGGACGAGGCUUAAUCGAGCUACUGUAUUAUACCACAGUUUGUUUAUAUACACCACACUCUUUAAAGUACAAAUUUAUGUGCGUAAUUAUUAUCUUGAAUUGAUUUGCAUGGAAUUAAAAGAGUCUUUAGACCUAGAGUAAUUUUAGUUCUAAUUAAAAUUUGAUUAAUGACGCAUUAUAAUGCAGUCAUUGGAUAAAUGAUAUGGUAAUGUUAAUACAUUUAAAAAAGAGAUAAAUAUAUAUAUUUAAUUUUAAAAAAACGCAUGGAUAAAUUAAUGUUAGUUAUUAUACCCAAGAUAAAUUGUCAUAUUUAUUCAAACCAAUUAUUUUUUGUUUGUUUUUAUUUUAGGACAUAAAUAUUCUUAUUUAGGACAUUCUUAUUUCUGGUUAAAGAAAUUCUUGUCUUAUUCUGUGAUGAUUUUAUUUUUGAGGCUCAAAGCCAACUACAACUGGUUCAUGUAAUGUCUUUCAUCUAAUGAAUUUAGAUUUAAAGUAUGGGCCAAUAGAGUCAGCAGUUGGCAAUUGGCGGCAGCCAAUACCAAGACCGGGCUAGGGUGACAUUGUAACAUCGCCCGUUGACUACCACUCGGCUACCAUCGGGAGCCGUGGCGACACUAAUUAAAAUAUACUAAACAAAAUUUUCAAAUCAGCAGGUAAAAAUUUCCACCGUGGAAUAGUUAUUUGUGUAACUAGUGAGCGAAGUGGCACACGAGAGAAAUGUUUACGCACAAGCUGCAGGAGAGUGGAAAGUUUCUCGAGUACAGCAAAGGCAGUUUGCACUAGUGUUACACAUUAUAAUUUUCCUACAGUUACUAUAAAGCAUAUAAAUAAAUAAUUAGUCUUUCAAACACUGUACAACACGUUUUUAAGUUACGUUAAAUCCAAACAUUGAACUAAAUGGGAAACGCUGCACAAGCUGAUCGUAGUCGUAGUAUCUUUAAUUGUUACCAACUUAUUUCCAAGCGUACUUGUAUUACGUGCAUAAUACAAGCACGCUGUUUUGUGUUUGGUUGGAAUACUGGUGUGCGACAAAGUAAAAAAAGUGUGUGGUAAAGUAAGUAAAUGCAGUAAUUAGCAGCUUUCUGUACUAUAUAAUCAGUGCAAGGAAGCCGACUUUGUAGGGUGACUGUAGGAAAAAAAAUUUGUCAAACUAAAGUAUUAAAAAAUAACCAGAGCAAACCUAAUAGGAUGGUACUUAGAUAUUAAUGUAACAUUUAUAAAUCAAUAACUAGAUUUGGCAACAACGCUCAAACCUCAUUGGGCUCCUUCGAAGUCACGUGUUUAAUUGGCUCCUUCAACUGCAAUCUCUAGUGGUCCAUAUUUUAGUUAAAAACUUUUGUGUUUCAAUAUGUUUGUACUGCUUGUAAGGUUGUUUUAACUUUGUUAUGUUUUAGUUCAAUUGUUUUAUUUUAAUGAUUUAUAAUUAAUUGCCCUUACUGUACGACUGAUAUUUUGGUUAAUUAUUUAAAUGAUAUGUAAGACUUUAUUUAGGCUGUUUCCAAUAGUUAUCUGAUAGUUGUCUGAUGUAAUGUAUUUUCAAGUACUUAUCCGUAUAGCCUCACUUAAAAGUUUUUAUUUAGUGUAUUAUUGAAUAAUGUUAAAUACUUAAACUCUAAACUCUGGAUCCAGUUUUGUUACCAUAACAAAUCAAAUGUUAAUAGUUGACCAUAAACCCUAAUAUAUGUUUUUAUUUUUCUUCUUAUUUAUUAAGCUUUAUUUUCAAAAUAUGUGAAUAAAUUCAUACAGAAAAGUUAUCAAAUAAAUUUUUUUCUUACAAUACAAUAAUCUUUAGUUAAUUAUGAAGUUCAGAUCUAGACAAAAUCCAAACAUCCCAAUUUGUUUAAAACAUAUUGUGAUAUAUUAUUGGAUUUAAAGAAUAAAAUAUCUAUGCAGUAAUUUAAAGAUUGGAUACCGGGAAUUGUAAAAAAAAUGAAUUGCUUGUUUAAUUUAACAAGAGUAUGUAGUUUGCACUUUUAAUAUUUAUUCAGUGACAUUUGAGUAUUUAAUCUCAAAAGUCUAUAAUAUUCAAUAUUGUUUCAGUCAAAUGAAUUACACAUCUUGUUUAUCAAAAAGAUGAAAGUCUUUUUGCAUUGUAAGUGUUUAGAUAUUUUUGCUCAUACAUUACUCAAUAUUUUCCCCAUCAUACAUGUCACGCCAAUGGAUAAUUUUGUAAAGGAAAUAUAAUACCACAAUUAAUAAUACUUAUUUGUAAGCAAUGUCAUUAGCCUAUUGCUACUUUGUAAGCAUUUUCAUUUGACACUGCUCAUUGGUUUCUCAAGAGAUGGACAUUGAAAGUGCAUUGUGUAAAUUGCUUAUUUAUUACUCAAGGAAAUAGUUCGGAAUGUACACUUCAACAUUUCAUAAGAUGACAUAUUUUGUUUUUGAACGACAUGCUUUUAGGCGAGGUGUUAUUAUUGACGUAGAUUUUUGUGGGCUUCACUCACCUUUAUUUUUGUUUGUGAUGUCCGGGACUCGU